AUGGCCGACUUCAUGGCGGCCCGAGACCGGCCGCUCGUGGUCAAGCCCGGUGGCCAGCGGCCCAUGGUCGGCCCGCACCUGCCGUACGCCGAGGUCGACCCCUACGGGCCCGCGGCGCGGGCACUCGCGGCGGCGAAGAAGGACAAGAUGCGCCCGGCGCUGCCCGCCGGCGCGGCGCAGCCCGUGGAGCCGCACCCCGUGAUCAAGUCGACCUGGGUCGACCUCUUCGCGCACAUGAUGGACGAGGCGGACCGCGACGAGUUCGUCGAGCGCCUGAAGGAGCGGCGCGUCGCGGACCGCGGCCGGGACCUCCGGGCCGCGCGCGAGCUGAGCCGCAUGGCCGCGGACCAGGACCGCAAGGAGGCGGCGGAGGCCGCGGCGGCGGCCAUGCGCGCCGCGGGCGGGCGCGAGGCGCUGCGGUCCCUGCGGCGCCGCGUCUACGCGCUCGACGAGGACCGCGGGGCCGACGGGUUCGUCUCCAAAUCCGCGGUCGCCGCGCAGCUCCCGCGCGAGGUGCGCCCCCUCGUGACCUUCGACGACGCCGGCGACCUCUGCCGGGGCUUCGACAUCAUCACCGCCGCGGAACUGGCGCAGACCAAGGCCGCGCGCGUCGUCCCCACCGUCGCGGCCGCGCCGCGCCAGCUGCCGAGCCACUGCGACCUGCGCAGGGCCUUCUACGACGCGGACCCCUACGGCAACGGCUACGCGUCGUCGGCGGUCGUCCGGCGGUCCUGGGCCGCGCUCCGCGGCGCGAACCCGCCCGAUUCGCAUCUGGCGGCGGGUCUGGACCUGUGUCUGGACGCGGCGCCGGAGCUCGCGCUCCGGGACCUCGAGCGCCUCCUGCUGACGAACGCGCACCUGCCGGCGGCGCGCGCUGAGAGCCGGUCCGCGACGUCCAAACUCGUCGCCGCGGCCCGCGAGCUCCAGCGGACUCCGAAAUUCGACGACGCGGCGGACGCCGUCGACCUCGGCUCGCGGGCGCCGCUCGUCUUCCGGGACCAGCUCCGGCGCUCGUCCGCCGACGAGGCGGCGCGGCGCGCGGCCGCCGAGGAGCAGGCGCCGCGGGAGGUCGCGGCCGCGCCGCAGGAGGCGGCCGCGCCGGCGGACGUCGUCCCGGGCGGCCCGAGGCCCGGCCCUCCGCGCUUCGCGGGCGACGGCCGCGUGGCCGAGGGCGGCCGGCGCCGGUCGGCCUACGUCGACCUCUCCGACGGCGGCGCCCUCCGCGAGGUGCGCUUCGGCGUCCGCUUCCCCGACGACGAGCUGCCCGCGGGCGCCGCGAGGACCCUCGCGGCCGUCGUGCGCUGCGGCGGCGCCACGGUCGAGUGCGCCGUGCCCGUGCUCGGCGGCGAGAGCGACGGCCCCGUGCGGUCGCCCAUCGUGCGCCUCUCGGCCGGCGGCGCGGCGCCGCUCCGCGUCAACGUCUUCGCCGCGGGCGGCGCGCCGCUCUGCUCCGCGAACCUCGCGCCCGAGGCCCUCGCGGCCGCGGGCGUCGUCGAGCUCGCCGCGCGGCCGUCCUUCCGCGGCGCGCCCGCGGCCGAGGUCGUCUUCGAGAUCCGCGAGAUUAAAGGGCCCCUAGCAUGCGCGUCGUCGUCGUCGCAGAGCAGCCGCGUCCCCGUCGCGCGCUCGAACGCGCGCGCGCGGUCGAAGAAGAGGGACAGCGCGUAG